GAGGUCUAAAGGGAGAGGAGAAUGGCAGAUGACCGGAAAGAUGAAGCUAAAGCACCUCACUGGACAUCAAGUCAACUGGCAGAGGCAUCUUCCCACCCACAUUCACCUGAGCUUAAGGAACAAGCAGGAGCAGGGGACGGAAUAGUCCGAAGUGCCAAUGGAUUUCCAUACAGAGAGGAAGAAGAAAGUAGCUAUGGAGAUCAUGGGCAACAGGGUACCUAUUCAAAAGCCAAAGAGAAUGGGAUUAAUGGAGAGCUCACCUCAGCUGAAAGGGAAACAGCAGAAGAAGUAUCAGCAAGGAUAGUCCAAGUAGUAACGGCGGAAGCUGUUGCAGUCCUGAAAGGUGAACAAGAGAAAGAAGCCCAGCAUAAAGACCAGCCUGCAGGACUCCCUAUAGCAGUUGAAGAGUCCGCUAAUCUGCCUCCCUCUCCACCUCCAUCCCCAGCCUCUGAACAGACUGGAACAGUGGAGGAAGAAGAAGAAACAGUAGAGGGUCCAGUGGCUGAGGAAGCAAAAUCUGCUGCUCUUCCUGAAAAAGAAUGGGGCAAAGAGUGUGAGCCCGCUAAGUCCUCAGACCAACCAAUGGGCCUCAGUGAGGUCCAAGAGGAUUCUAGUUCAAAAGCCAAAAUAGUUCCUGAAGAAAGUGUUUCCACUGGGGAACCACUUGAGCAAAGUAUAAAAGUGGUCCAGGAAGUGUCUCUGGAUAUAAAAACACCUUUCUCUGCUGGGGAAGAUUUACUUACAGCCUCGAAGAUGGAGUUCCAUGAACAACAGGGCACUGGCCCUCUCACAGUUGAACCAUUAGACAAGAAAGAAAAGGAACCUGAGAAAGCAAGUAAGCCUGCUGAACUGCCUAAACAUGAUGCCUUAGUCACCCAGCCAGCACAACCCGAGAUCAUAGAGAAAAAGGAUGUAUGCGACAAAGAAGAUGGGAAGGCACCUCUUACCCCCUUUGAGCAGACUUUCGGGGAAGAGCUAGAGUACAUGCAACAGAAAAGUGAACCAAUCCCUGCAGAACUUGAUGUAGGUUUUCCUACAGAGACUGUGUUUCAGAAAGAGAAAAAAGACUUGUCCAUUGAAGUACCCAAGGAUGAAUGGAGUACAUAUAGUCAAUUAUCUCCUGGCCCUCUCACAUCCACGAAAGAAAGGUAUGAAGUUCAAGAAAUCCCAAAAUGGGCAGGGAAACCAUUAGACUCUCCAAAGCCAACUCCCUUUGGAAGCGUGAGCUUUCCUUUACCUUCUGAACCUAAGGCUGAUUUGUCAGAUGCCACUAAAGAUAAACUUGUUUCCGAAGCACUACCCUUGGCACCAGACACACUGAAGCCAGAAGAUCAAAAGCCUAAGGAAGAGUCCAGUGGCACACAGAUUGCCAAAGAGAUUCCAAAGGAUGAACAAAUCCUUGUGGAAAAAACCUUAAAAGCAGAGGAAACGACAACCUCAACAGAAAUGACACUAUCCACGGAAGCUGAUAAACCAACUGUAGCAGAAAGUCCUAUUAAGAAAAUUUCCGAUGUUGGGGAAGAAAAAGAUGGACUAAAACAAGAAAGCGAGCAGAAAAAAGAACCUUGUACAUUCAAUGGACAGAGGUCUACUUUAUUGGACAGUGAACUUCAUCCAAAACCAGAAGAGAAAAAUGUUAUUCCUGAAAAGGAAACUUUGCCAAAAGAAGGCGAAGCCCAGAAGGUAUUAGAUGAAGAGAUGGGCAUCAUCAGUGUCUCAACAGAGAAAACAUUCCAAAAGGAAGAGAAGAAAGACCAAAAAACUCCCACUGAUGAUUUAAGACAUGAUUCAUUCCCUGAAGGCCUAGAACAAGUGCUCUCAGGUGUAGCCACAACUUCAAAAAUGCUGGAUCAAGCUCCUGAUGAACUAAGUCUCCUCAGUGAAAAGAGUGCAACCAAGGAACUGUUCCAAGAGGAAGUUGCUGACAAAGACAUUGAGGCCCAUAGGACAGGGCUUGCAACCUCUCUUGAUUAUGAGAGGCAGCUGGAUGAAGACAAAUCUGGAAUGUCAAAGUACUUUGAAACCUCCACGUUGAAAGAAGAAACCACAAAGGGCAUCCAGUCUGGCAGUGAUUACUAUGAAUUGAGUGAUACAAAAGAAAGCGUCUAUGAAUCCUACGAUACAGUUUCACCUAUACAUAAAAGUUCUGAAAAGGAAUUUUACCCAGGAAAGGAGCAGCAGCCUGCUCCCAUUUUAGAGGGAGGAUACAGUACCCUUGCACAGAGCUAUCCAGCUGACCUACCCGAAGAGCCUAGCUCUCCUCAAGAAAGGAUGUUCACCAUUGAUCCAAAAGUUUAUGGAGAAAAAAGAGAUCUCCACAGUAAAAAUAAGGAUGAUUUGACACUAAGCCGGAGUUUAGGACUUGGUGGUAGAUCUGCCAUAGAACAAAGAAGCAUGUCAAUCAAUUUACCCAUGUCUUGCCUGGAUUCCAUAGCACUUGGGUUUAACUUUGGUCGGGGACAUGAUCUCUCUCCACUGGCUUCUGAUAUUCUAACUAAUACUAGUGGGAGCUUGGACGAAGGGGAUGAUUACCUUCCAGCCACAACUCCUGCCCUAGAGAAAGCUCCUUGUUUUCCAAUAGAAAGCAAAGAGGAAGAAGAACAAGUGGAGGAGGAGAAAGUGACCAGAGCAGAAAAUAUCCAGGUGGAAUCUUUGUGUGAGUCACCUUUCCUGGCCAAAGAUUAUUAUAAAAAUGGGUCUGUGAUGGCCCCUGACUUGCCUGAAAUGUUGGAUCUAGCAGGCACCAGGUCCAGGCUAGCCUCUGUGAGUGCAGAUGCUGAGGCGGCAAGAAGGAAAUCAGUACCAUCAGAGACACUGCUUGAAGAGAGCAGCACCGGCUUGGCUACUCUAACUGAUGAAAACCAUGUUGUCACAAAAGCAGACAGUCAACUUGAGGAUCUAGGUUACUGUGUUUUCAAUAAGUAUACAGUUCCUCUACCAUCACCUGUCCAGGACAGUGAGAAUUUAUCAGGUGAAAGUGGCUCCUUCUAUGAUGGUUCUGAUGACAAGAUCAGAAGAGAUUUGGCCACAGAUCUCUCAUUGAUUGAAGUGAAAUUGGCAGCAGCUGGAAGAGUCAAAGAAGAGUUUAGUAGUGAGGGAGAGCCAUCCCAGCCCAUCUCUGGUGAUAAGUCAGGUCUUGGUAGGGAGUUUGAUCAUGAAAAGAAGAGUAAUGAUAAAUUGGAUACUGUGCUAGAAAAGAGUGAAGAACACAUUGAAUCCAAAGAAAUGCUGCUUCCGGAAGAAAAAGAACAGCCCAAAAAAGUAGCAGAGGGAGUGGAUAAAGUUGAAGCAUUUGGCACAGGAAUGACCUUUGAACAAGUAUUUGGAAAAGAGCCCAUCAAACCAAAAGAUACUAUUUUCAUAAGUGAAAAGGCAGAAAAGAGUCUUAGUUCAGUGCCAGAGGUGGCUGAGGCAGAGCCAUCCCCCAAAGUGGACCAUGGAUUGGAUGCUGCUGUCAAGAAAAUGGAGCAGAGUCAAUCCGAUGCUAAGAUCAGUGACUUUGGGCAGGCAGCUUCAGGACUGGGAGCAGAUACCGAAAAAGAAGCAGAACCUCCUACCCAGGCUGCUCAACAGGACAGGACCCACUUAGCCAAACCCCCUGAGGCAGAAACAUUUCCCAGUAUUGAGCCCAGCCACCUGAAAGAGAGCGGCAAAGUUUCUGAGACAGAAGUCAAAGAAAAAGUGGCCAAGCCUGACCUGGUGCACCAGGAAGCAGUAGAUAAAGAGGAAUCCUAUGAGUCAAGUGGGGAACAUGAUCACACUCCUGAGAGUCUGACUAUGGAGUCCUUGAAACCUGAUGAAGGCAAGAAAGAAGUGAGCCCAGAAGUAACUGUACUGAAGGAAGGCAUCACAAUCAAAUUGCCAGCAGAAGAACCUCCAGCAGUAACUGACUCCAAGAGUGAUGAAGGACAGCCUGAGGGGACUGAUAUCCAGAUGGAGCAAGUCCAGGAGCCAAAAGAAGAAGUCAAGGAAACUCCAGACAUCUCCAUCACUCCCUCAGAAGUCAUCGAACCAUUGCUGCAAGGGAUUGUAUCUGAACCAGAAGAGGCUCAGAGGGAAGAAGAGGAAGAAAUAGAAGCCCGGGGAGAGGCUGAUAAACUGCUUUUCCGCUCAGAAACUCUCCAGAUAACAGACUUGAGUGUUCCAGCUGUCAAAGAGCAAUUGGUGGAGUCAGGUGCAGCGGAGAUGCCUGAGUACAAGGGAGUAAUUGAGUCAGUGGUGACCAUUGAGGAUGACUUCAUCACCGUAGUGCAAACCACAACAGACGAAGGGGAAACUGGUUCCCACAGUGUGCGUUUUGCUGCCCUAGAACAGCCAGAGAUGGAAAGGAGGCCCUCUCCCCCUGAAGAAGAAGAAGAAGAAGAAGAAGAACCACAAAUAUUAGAAUCUGCAGAAGCACUUAGAGAACCCAAAGAAGGCUCCCCUGAGGCCCCAGCUUCCCCAGAAAAGGAAGAAGUUGGCUUCUCUGAGUACAAGACAGAAACAUAUGACGAUUACAAAGAUGAAACAACCAUUGAUGACUCCAUCAUGGAUGCUGACAGCCUCUGGGUGGAUACUCAAGAUGAUGAUAGAAGCAUCAUGACAGAGCAGUUAGAGACUGUUCCUAAAGAAGAGAAAGCAGAGAAGGAAGUUCGGAGACCAUCUCUCGAUAAACAUAGGAAAGAAAAACCCUUUAAAACUGGGAGAGGCAGAAUUUCCACUCCUGAAAGAAAAAUAGCUAAAAAGGAACCUAGCACAGUCUCCAGAGAUGAAGUGAGAAGGAAAAAAGCAGUUUAUAAGAAGGCUGAACUUGGUAAAAAAACAGAAGUUCAGGCCCACUCUCCCUCCAGGAAAAUCAUUUUAAAACCUGCUAUCAAAUAUACUAGACCAACUCAUCUCUCCUGUGUUAAGCGGAAAACGACAGCGGCAGGUGGAGAAACCAACCAGGCUUCUGGUAUAUAUAAACAAGCAAAGGACAAAUUCUCAGAUGGUGUAAGCAAGAGCCCUGAAAAGCGCUCCUCUCUGCCCAGGCCUUCCUCCAUCCUUCCAACUCGAAGAGGUGUAUCGGGAGACAGAGAUGAGAAUUCCUUCUCUCUUAACACUUCUAUGUCUGCUUCAGUACGACGAACCACUAGGUCCGAGCCAAUUCGCAGAACAGGAAAAAGUGGUACAUCAACACCUACUACUCCAGGCUCCACUGCCAUCACUCCUGGUACACCACCCAGCUAUUCCUCCCGUACCCCAGGCACUCCUGGUACCCCUAGUUACCCUAGAACCCCUCAUACACCAGGAACUCCCAAAUCUGGCAUCCUGGUGCCCACUGAGAAAAAGGUUGCCAUUAUACGUACUCCUCCAAAGUCUCCAGCUACGCCUAAACAACUACGGCUUAUUAACCAACCACUACCUGACCUGAAGAACGUAAGGUCCAAAAUUGGAUCCACAGACAACAUCAGAUAUCAACCUAAAGGUGGACAGGUUAGGAUUUUAAACAAGAAGAUGGAUUUUAGCGAGGUUCAGUCCAGAUGUGGUUCCAAGGAUAACAUCAAACAUUCUGCAGGGGGAGGAAAUAUACAAAUUGUUACCAAGAAGAUUGACUUAAGCCACGUGACAUCUAAAUGCGGUUCCCUAAAGAAUAUCCGUCAUCGGCCAGGCGGUGGUCGUGUGAAAAUUGAAAGUGUGAAGCUGGAUUUCAAAGAGAAGGCACAAGCUAAAGUGGGGUCACUUGACAAUGCCCACCACAUACCUGGAGGUGGUAAUGUCAAGAUUGACAGCCAAAAAUUGAACUUCAGAGAACAUGCUAAGGCUCGGGUAGACCAUGGUGCUGAGAUCAUUACACAAUCUCCAGGCAGAUCCAGCGUGGCUUCCCCUAGGCGACUGAGCAAUGUCUCCUCAUCUGGAAGCAUCAACCUGCUAGAGUCUCCCCAGCUUGCCACUUUGGCUGAAGAUGUCACUGCUGCCCUUGCUAAGCAGGGCUUAUGAAUCUGUCUCAUUUAACACUGAAUGAAGUAAUGCUAUUUAGUCAUGAGCUCUUGGCAGGAACGGGCUCAGAGCAGGUGUUAUAUUCAAUCCUUACCAAUUCUAAAAUAAAUCUUAUCCCAAGAUUAUGGUAACCAUUACGAUAAAAAUAAUCCCCCAAAUUUAAGUAUGUGCAGAAAUUGACCUGAUUUUCAUUUGCAGCAGGAAGACUCAUUGGCUUUACAUGAGUACAAUUGCAAUAUAUUCCAUUCGAUGAUUCUUGUUGCUCUGGUCUGUCUUGCAUGGAGUACUAUGAUAAAAAUGCAUUUUUACCUUUCAUGUGCCUGAAGGCCAUCCACUAUUUUCUGAAGAGCCUCAUUAAUAUCCAAGCUGCUCAUUUCACUGGUCUGUUUAUGGGCAACAAAGAUUGUCCUUUUGUAACUUAUUACAGGUUAAAUUAAAAUGAAAGAGUCUGAUUA